AUGCGGUCGACCUCCCGCCUGAUGUCUGACUCAAGAGACUUCGUUAAGCUCGAAGCUGACGGAAUUUGGACGCCGAGCUGCCUGACGCUUUCUGCAGCGAAUCCCAUCUUUGCCGUCCGCAACCUGCCUGUCAUGUCAAUGUCCCUGCAGUCAAGGCUUUUGAGGCUGAUCAAAGGCUCGGCUAUGAGCUUCAACAAUGGUGUCGUCCGGAAUCUGCAAGCGGUUGCUCAGGCUGAGCCACCUACUGUACUGCGCUUGUGGCUCGGCGGCUGGCAUGGUACUUUGCCUUGCAGCAUGCGUUGGCAGUUGCAGAUCGUCUCUGUGCUGCUGCAGCUAUCGUCAUUAGAGGACGCACUGGUCCCAUGUGUCGAUGAGAGCGGCAUCGCAUAA